UUCGGUAGGUCCACGAUGACGGAGCCGGGCGCCUCUCCGGAGGACCCUUGGGUCAAGGCAAGCUCCACGGACGCGCACGCCGGCGAGGGGAGGGCGGGUCGGGCUCGUGCACGUAAGGGGUCCGGAAGACGCGGGGCUCCCCAGCUAUCCCCAGAUUCUCCCUUGCUGUCCGGGCCCCGGGGCUGCAGAGAAGACAGCUCUCACCAGGCGUGUGCCAAGGUCGAGUACGCCUACAGUGACAACAGCCUGGAUCCUGGGCUUUUUGUAGAAGGCACCCACAAGGGGAGUGUAGUGUCCAGAGCUAAUAGCAUCGGUUCCACCAGUGCCUCUUCCGUCCCCAACACAGAUGACGAGGACAGUGAUUACCAGCAGGAGUCCUACAAGGAGUCCUACAAAGACCGGAGGCGGCGCGCACACACUCAGGCUGAACAGAAGAGGAGGGACGCGAUCAAGAGAGGCUAUGAUGAUCUUCAGACCAUCGUCCCUACUUGCCAGCAGCAGGAUUUCUCCAUUGGCUCCCAAAAACUCAGCAAAGCCAUCGUUCUACAGAAGACCAUCGACUACAUUCAGUUUUUACACAAAGAGAAGAAAAAGCAGGAGGAAGAGGUAUCCACACUGCGCAAGGAUGUCACAGCCCUGAAGAUAAUGAAAGUGAACUAUGAGCAAAUCGUGAAGGCUCAUCAGGACAACCCUCACGAGGGAGAGGAUCAGGUCUCUGACCAGGUCAAGUUCAAUGUCUUUCAAGGCAUCAUGGACUCCCUGUUCCAGUCUUUCAAUGCCUCUAUCUCUGUGGCCAGCUUCCAGGAGCUGUCAGCUUGUGUCUUCACCUGGGUUGAGGAGCACUGUGAGCCACAGACUCUCCGAGAGAUCGUGAUUGGUGUCCUGCAUCAAUUGAAAAACCAGCUCUACUGAGGGCUCCUGGAGGCCUUUGAGUAUGAUAGGCCACUGGACUGCUGGGCCUAGGAGACUGGACUGCAAGCCUCACACCGGUCAGCUGGUUUCUACUUGGUGUUUGGUUUUCCCAACCCUGCUUCAGUGGGGUUGAGUGUUUUGUGAAAGCUUCUGAUUAAUUUAUUAUUCUCCCCACAAUGUUGAACCUACCCAGCAUUCUCCUCCCCAGGAAAAGACUCCUGGAUAAGCCUGUCCAGGGAGCCUCAUAGGAGCCCCUGGCCCUUGGCCCCUUCUCUGUCAGGUUUCUGCUCACAAUCUAUAUACAUACUUUGGAAACUGCUGGCCUCUGCUUGAUCUCUUGGGCAACACUUGGCUCAAGUUUGGGUAUUUUGGCAGUUCUUGAGUUGGAGAGACAGUCCUAUGGCCAUGAAGGGUGAAAGGCCACCCCAUGGCUAGGCUAGCACUAUGUGGUCAAUAAGGCCAGGGAGCUCUCG